AAUCGUUCAUCAUUCUUGCACGAAAUACGUCACAAUUAGAUUAAACGUCGUCACCAAGUCAGUUAGUAAAUACUUCACGGCAUGAAGAAUUCACAUCAAACUUACAUUGUUAUAAUGCACAGAGGAUAUUCUAAAAUGUCAUUAUGUCUUCACUACUAGUAUACAGUGUGGUGUAGCUAAAGGAAUCGCGAACUAAUUGCUUGCACGUAAUACUGGAAGCAAUUGCAAUACGUCAGUUUUGACAUAAUUUGAGAACUUGGAUUACAAGGAUAAACAAAUCAUUGAAAGGUUGAGAACCUCAUUAGUUGCGACAAGAACAUUUUCGGAAGAACACAUCGUGGGACCAUAAUGCUGCUGUGACGUUUCGGCAGGAAUCUGGGAAGCCAAACAUGAUACGAACAACAGUAUAUAUUUAUUUACUAUGAUCAACACGUAGGAUUACACAUUUAGCAAUGAGGCCAGAUGACCUUAGCCACCUCGAGGUGCUGGAUGAGAAUACCAUUGUCCAGGCGCUGAGAGGGAGAUUCCAUAAAGAUAAAUAUUAUACAUAUAUCGGCGAUAUUCUAGUGGCUGUAAAUCCAUGUAAACCUCUGAAUCUUUUCGAGAAAACGAACCAUGAGGAGUAUGCAAAGCUGCUGGUCCGAUCUGAGAAGCCCCCUCACCUGUUUUGGGUGGCUGACCACGCGUACAGGGCACUACUGGAAACCAGUAGGAACCAGUGUAUCCUGGUCAGUGGGGAGUCCGGGGCUGGAAAAACAGAAAGUACAAAGUACAUGAUACGACACCUCAUGAUGAUCAGUCCGAGUAACGAUAAACACCUACUCGACAAAAUUGUACAGGUAAAUCCCUUACUUGAAGCCUUUGGAAAUGCCUCCACCGUUAUCAACGGAAAUUCCAGUCGAUUUGGAAAAUUUAUAGAACUUCACUAUACAGAAGAAGGGUCGCUUCUUGGAGCCAAAAUCGAUGACUACAUACUAGAGAAAUCACGAGUGGUGUACCGGAACAGGGGCGAGAAGAACUUCCACGUGUUUUAUUCUCUGUUCGCUGGUAUGUCCAGGGAUCGCCUCUUAUACUACUUUCUUGAGGAUCCCGACUGUCAUAGAAUCAUGCGUGAUGGUGACCCGACAUGUGGGGUGUUCCGGGAUUCUGACGAGUUCCAAUACUACAAAAAUAUGUUUGGUGAACUGACAGUGAUUAUGUCAAACAUAGGGUUUUCAGAUGAGCAUAUUUCUGUAAUUUUCCUCGUUCUGGCAUCCGUGCUCCACUUAGCCAACAUCGUGUUCAUGCCGUGUGAGGAAACAGAUGGCGUGACUGUAGCUGACGAAUACCCUCUCCACGCGGUCGCCAAACUUCUGGGUAUAGAGGACGAGGUGGAACUCACAGAGGCCCUUAUCUCUAACGUUAACUUCAUCAAAGGAGAACGGAUUCAGUCCUGGAAAAAUCUCAGGGAAGCAAACGACAGCCGUGAUGCCCUCGUUAAAGACCUAUAUUCCAGGUUGUUUGGGUGGAUUGUUGGUCAGGUGAACAGAAAACUGUGGCUUCAGCGAGAUGGCAAGACAUCUCAUUUCACCCGAGGACUAACAAUCAGUUUAUUGGACAUGUCCGGUUUUGAGAACUUCAGCACCAACACCUUUGAUCAGUUUCUCAUCAAUAUCUCCAACGAAAAGUUACAGCAGUACUUCAUGGAUUACAUCUUCCCGCGAGAACGCCGAGAGUACGAGCUCGAGGGAGUCGAGUGGAGGGACAUCGUCUACCACUCUAACGAUGACGUCCUUGAACUUGUAUUCAGGAGACCAGACGGUGUUCUAUCGUUACUGGACGAGGAAUCUAUUUUUCCGAGGUCGACAGAUGUAACGUUAGUACAGAAACUAAAUCAGUACUGCAAGGAUACUCACAGAUAUGUGAAAUCCAUGGGAGAGCGGACAAGUUUUGGAAUCCGCCAUUAUGCCGAACAGGUGAUGUACGAUGCCGAUGGCUUCUUAGAGAGGAACAGGGAUACUCUCAGUCAAGACCUCAUUGCAUGUCUCCUCAACAGUAACAACGACUUCAUCAAGGAUCUCUUCUCGGCCUCCAUGUCCCCGACCGGUACCAUAUCUGACUUUGCCAGUAAGUGCACAUCUAGGCCAUGCCUACCUAGUGUAUGGCCGUCAGCUAUAGAACCCGAAAGACUCCGGGAAAGUGUUUCACGACAGGCGUCGCUCAAGAUAAGAAGGAGUCGCGGGUUAUCCGGAGACAGUGUCGCUAGUUCCUUGGGAGGGAAGACCUCUCCAACUGUCACACGUCACUUUAAGAGGUCCCUCUCAGAUCUCAUGACAAAGCUUUCUCAAGCACAGCCUCUGUUUGUAAGGUGUAUCAAACCAAACAAUGCACUGAUAUCAGGGAAGUUUGACGUAGAAUUAAUCCGCAGACAACUCCUUUGCAAUGGCCUCAUGGAAAUCGCAGAGUUAAGGAGAGAUGGGUAUCCGACCAGGAUUAAAUAUGACGAUUUCCUAAGAAAAUACUCUGAUAUAUGUGAUUACGCAAAUGACGUCUCAAGCGAACGGGAGUCCUGUAUAGAGAUACUCCGAACAGCAAAUAUAGAGGGAUUUCAAAUGGGCAGGUCAAAGAUUUUCAUGAAAAGUUGGCAAAAGGAUAACUUGGAUUCAAUUCUUCGUGAAAAGCUGAGAGAAAAGGAGGUCAGACGAGAGGAGAUGAGACGUCGACAGUCGGAGGCGUCACUGCUGUCAUUGUUGUCAGAGGGAACAGACAACUUGCAUAGUACACCGCGACAGUCGGCUGACAGUGGUCUGGACAUGACAAGUAGUCCCAGGGAAAGGACAGGACCUUUCAAAGACUUUUAUGCAAAGAAAAACGGUCUUUAUAAACAACCACAAGCACCAUUCUCAGAUAGUCAAAUUCCUCUCAUUGACGGAGUUGAAAUAGACGACAGUGUCAGUGUUCCACCGAAAAAGAACAGUCGAGUUCAGUCAGAAGAUAGUCGUAGUACGGACAACACGACGACAGUCGAAGGAGACAAAGAGCCAACAGAACACUGGCAACCGUAUGACAUUUUCCAAGUAUCAGAGCGAGAGUUUGAAGAAAGCGAUUAUAUAUUCAAAGAAAUCCUGAAGGGCAUUCGACUUUUCCUAUAUGUGUUUUUCGUCAUCAUCAUCCUCAGUUGUGCCGUGGCCAGUAAAAUAUCACUCCUCCUUCUAACAUCAGGGAUCAGUAAGGACGCCGAGUCCCGUGGGGAGCACCUGUUCAUGGUCCUUAUUUGUAUGUGCUUACCUAUUGGUUGGAGCUGGUUUAUGGCGUUUAUGAAAAUCCUAUUUGGUGGCAAGGAAUGGCCUUCAAUAAAGACAUUUGUUUUGCUUCUUCUUAUGGAGAGUAUGCAAACAUUCGGGUUGUGUCUUCUGCUGUUCCGUGUGUUGCCUUCUACAGACUUCUUUAGUGGCCUAAUAAAGACUUUUGCAGUUUGUCAAAUUCCCAGUCUUCUUAAAGUAGUUGUACACGAAAAGAGACCGAAUCCCAGUCUCAGUGAAAUAGUCACAAUCAUCAUGAACAUUGCCGCUUUUCUCGUACAAGUGGCGUCCAUUCCAUUUUUUUCCACCGAAAAAUUCAUGUUGGAGGGAAAUCAUACACUCCUUGAAGGCCAUAACGCUACCACAUAUGUAACGACAGCGGUUAAGAAAGCAACAAAUGGAGAAUGGGAACUUCCGGUUGCGCUGGUGCUGAUAUCAAUCGGCUGGUGGGAGAACUACGUCUCUGGAGAGUGGACGGUGUUUGGACGGAUCACUAUACCAUUCAGACAAUGGCGGUCUAUUUUACAGGAUACAAGAGAAACCUCAUAUUUCCUUGUAGCGCCAUUCAAAGUCGGUCUUGCUGUUCUGUUUGCUCGUCUUCUCACCAACAAUACCAACUUCGUUGUACCAGCUGCCAGUGUUUUUAAUAAAACAACGAGUGAGUUCGAUUCAAAAAUCGAGGAGGUUGGCGUUUCAUACAGUUUGGUUUUCAUUCAAAUUGGAUCUGGAAUAAUAUGCACUUAUCUAGCGGGACUCGCGUGCAAACUCCAUAUGCAGAGAACAGCCUUUGCUCUUCCAUUGAUAAUUGCACCACCCGUGUCCCUGGCCGUCAUUUUUCUGCAGUGCCAAUAUCACUUUCUCCCGGCCCACUGGCACUUAGGUGGCUGGUUUUGUGGAAGGUAUGAACUGGAAACUAUGCUAGUUCCACUGAUCUGCUCCUUUCUGUUGUGGCUGUCCUAUUCCAUCACAGUCUCACACAUAUGGUUUCCUCAGAGCGAGCGAAUGGCCAAACUAGAAAAACUUUUCGUUACACCACACAUGGAUGCUCUAUUCCCAGACUUCACUCUAACACUCCGGCGGAGGCGCAACGAUAAGGAAAUCAAAUUAACAGGAUUCGACACGUUCCGGUAUGUGGGCGAGGAUGCUUACACUACAGGAGAUGACAUUUACGCGGGAAUCAAUGUCACACCCCAGGUGUAUGUGUGUGCAACUAUGUGGCAUGAAACACGACAAGAAAUGACACAGCUUCUCAAAUCGCUUUUCAGGUUGGAUUACGUCCAUUGUGCAAGUCGCUUGGCACAGGAGAAAUUUCGCAUCCGCGAUCCAGAUUACUUUGACCUGGAAAUGCACAUCAUUUUCGAUGACAGUUUUGAACUGGACGAGACCGUUGAUAAAUAUGUCCCUAACAUGUUUGUGAGACAGCUGGUGGAUUGUAUGGAGGACGCUGCAAGGUCAGUGGUGAAGGGCCCAGUGAUAAUGGGGUCACCCGAUAAGAUACCGACAUCUUACGGAGGACGACUGGUCUGGACGAUGCCUGGUCACACGAAACUGGUCGUGCACAUGAAAAACAAGAACAAGAUGCGACACAGGAAGAGAUGGUCACAGGUGAUGUACCUCUACUACUUGCUGGGGUUCAAACUACUAGGAGGUAAGGAAGCUGACCGGUUUAUGACGGAGGAAAGCGAGAGUUGCAUGUCUAAGCUAAGGAACCGGAAGAAGGGCAAGAAAAACCGAGCAAGACCGCUAAAGACCCUCUUCACUCGCAUGGACCCGGAACAAUAUGAACAGGCUGAGAGCACCUAUAUACUGACCUUGGACGGAGACGUUGAUUUCCGCCCUGACUCAGUGAAACUGUUAAUCGACAGAAUGAAGAAAAACCGGAAAGUCGGAGCUGUGUGUGGGCGUAUUCAUCCUAUUGGCUCAGGUCCUAUGGUAUGGUACCAGCAGUUUGAGUAUGCCGUCGGUCAUUGGCUGCAGAAAGCUGCAGAACACGUGUUCGGUUGUGUGCUUUGCUGUCCUGGGUGUUUCAGUCUAUUUCGAGGGUCUGCCAUCAUGGACGAUAAUGUCCUGAAGAUGUACACUACAAAACCAACAGAGGCCCGCCAUUACAUCCAGUUUGAACAGGGCGAGGACCGAUGGCUAUGCACGCUCAUGCUGCAACAAGGACAUCGUAUCGAUUACUGCGCCGGAGCCGAUGCUUUGACCUUUGCACCGGAAACGUUCAACGAGUUUUUCUCUCAGCGCCGUCGUUGGUCGCCGUCGACAUUGGCUAACAUGAUGGACCUAUUGGCUUCCUGGCGAGACACUGUUCGAAUUAACGAUAACAUCAGUCGUUUGUAUAUUCUUUACCAGUUCGUCCUCAUGGCAUCAACUAUUCUUGCUCCCUCUACCGUCAUUCUGAUGAUCACAGGGUCCUACCACUCAGUUUUGAAGCUCGGCAUAUGGGAGUCCUACAUUUUGUCCCUUCUUCCGGUAUUAAUCUAUCUGGGAAUUUGCCUAAAACUCAAGAACGAUGUACAGAUCUUCGCCGCGGCAGUCAUUACGGCACUCUAUUCCCUCAUAAUGAUGGUAGCUACCGUAGGGACAGUCAUAAGUAUUGUCACAGAGAAUUUCGGCAGUCCAAAUGUUGUUUUCCUUACUGGCUUGUCAUCCAUCUUUAUGAUAGCAGGAAUAUUGCAUCCACAAGAAUUCUUUUGUUUAGUGUACGGCGCCCUCUACUUCAUCACAGUCCCGUCUACUUUCAUCCUGCUUACAGUCUAUUACCUUUGCAAUGUCAAUAACGUUUCGUGGGGAACUAGAGAAACACCGAAGAAAUUAUCAAAAGAGGAAGAAGAGGAACUGCAAAAGUUACAAGAGGAAAAACAAAAGAAAAAGGCCAGCAAAAGUCUUUUCAACAGACUGGGUCUAGCACCCCUCAUCAUAGAUGUGACAAGUGCACUCAAGAGAUUGUUCUGGAAUCAAGGAGCUGUUCAGACUUCGACAGUAUCUGUCCAAACGGAAGAAACUAUAGAUAGUCAACGUUCGAUUUCAAAACAAAGCCGACAACCCGAGGUAAAAAAAGUGCAGCCGUCCCGUACCGAGGAUGUGACAGGUUGGGAAGCCGAUCCAGACAAUCCCUACUGGCUCGGACUGGAGUACUUAGGCGAUGGAGUUGUUAAACACAUAUCAGAGGAGGAAGCGGCCUUUUGGAGGUUUAUGAUUAAGAAAUAUUUACAUCCCCUCGACGAAGAUCAAUCACACAAAAAGAAAAUCAAGGAGGAUUUGAUUUCCCUUAAGAACAACGUAGUUUUCAUAUACUUCAUGAUCAACUUCCUGUGGACAAUUAUUACUUUGCAGCUGCAGUCAAUGGAGAAUGAACUAAAGAAUUUCUACAUCAUCAACAAAUACGAGCCGUUGUCUCUUACCUUCCUAUCUGUAUUUGCUAUGGCCAUUUCACUCCAGUUCAUCAGCAUGCUCAUCCACAGGUACGGGACCUUUCUUCACCUGAUGUCCAGUACACGGAUUGACUGGUUCCAGAAGGUGCAGACAGAGGAAGAUUUCGUGCGUUUCGUUGUCAGUGAAGCGCAACGACUUCAGAGAAUGGAACCUGCACCGGAUUACGACGAACUGCCGCCAGAUUAUGAGGAGGACGACGGGAUAUCGCAAGGAACUGAACACUACGACGAAUUACCAUCUCUUCCCCAGAGUCGGCGUGGUACCGUCAGAACGUUCGGGCGUAAAACACGUGUUCUACAGAAAAGAAAUUUUGAGAAUAAUGACGUACCUAUUCUCCAACAAAUCUUCGAAGAUAGACUGGAAAAUAUUCAUAGAAAAUGGAAGCAAGGGACACUAGCUUUCCGCGGGGGAUUGAAUAAGGGCUUGUCACGGCAUGAUAGCAACAGGUUUUCAGAUAGGGAAAACAUCAUGAGACAGAGAAUGUUUAAAAGGAGUUUUAAGAAAGACAGUAGAGAGGCAGAGCAACCAAUGCCUGUGAAAAUUGAUAUAAUCUAAAAACAUCAAAUACGAAAAUAAAAUUAUAGUAAUGUUAUGUAUUGCCAUUUUGUGUAUUUGAGACAUGUUUCAGAUUAUAAUGUUAUACGUAUUUUAUUUCAAUUGUAAAUAGCUCAGUGAUAAGUUGGUGUGAUGUGGAUCAAAACUGUCAUAUACCUCUUAAUUUUUUUUCCAAUGAGAUAAAUGUGGUCAGACACAUACAAUUACAUUCGAAGUCGUGUGGUGAGGUUAUUGAAACCCAAUUCGAAUACCUAUGUCUUUUAAGCGACAAGUGCCAAAUAUAUAUGCUUAAUGCUUUUCGUUGUCCUUUAUGAUUAUAUUUUUAAUGUCUUCUUAGGUCACAAAAAGAAAAUGCAUUUUUUCAUAAAUUGCAUUAUUUAAACUGUAAUAACUAAGAAGUUGUGGCAAAUUGAUCAUACUAUCAAUUACUAUAUCUGUGUUCUAUCGAAAAUAGUAACUGCUGGAUAAGCACUUGUCAAUUAAAUGAAUACCACAUUGCUGACAUGUAUGUAUGUAUGUAUGUAUGUAAAAUUCUGAAUUUUAGCACGUGGUUGCCUAUGCAAUGUGUAAUUCCAAGAUGUUGUGAAUAUAAUAUUAUGAAUGAGAGUUUUAUCUUAUUUAUUAUUGUAUGUGUCUUUAAUUCCCUUCCACACGGACGGGAAGAAUCAAUAAUAUUAAAGAUCAAUUCAAGUUUU